AUGUCCGCGCUCUCCGACGAUGACGAUGUUGACGAUGGGCGGGCCCUCGCGCUGCGCGGUCCGCUCGAGGCUCUCUUGACCGCAGUCAAAGCGAUUCCCGGCGACGAAAUCGACCCCGUUGAAGCGUGCGAGGCGCUGGAGCUCCUCGCUCAGCUCUCCGCUGUGUUGCAAGCCAAGGCGUUUGGUGCAAACUCGAGCUCCCCGCUGCUGGCACUGCCCCCAGAGGUGCUCGUGCACAUCUGCCGUCAGCUGCCUGUUUUCGCUCUUGCCGCGGCCGCGCAAACAUGUCGGUGCUUCGGCGGAGCACGCGUCAAGGCGCAAGCGCAGCAGCCUAUCGUGGAGCAGGCACUUCGGCUGCAGGAGGCGGAGCGUGUCCCAGCACCGACAGAGCGCCGGCGCAUGCACGAUUCGGCGCUCACCUGGCGGCCUUGCCCGGGCCGGGUCGCGAUGUCGCCAGCCGGCGCGAGCGAGCUGCUGUGCAACGCCCUGCGACACUGCUUUCGCCGGUCGCAGGGGCAGGCACGCGCUGAGGUCGCCAAGCCAGAGGUGGUGUCACCGGCGACCUCGCCCAUCUGGACCGAGUCUGACAAGCGCUUCGUUGCCGUGGCUGCAGGGCCGCACUGUACCCUUGCCGUGUCUGACAUCGGCGAGGUGUUCUCGUGUGGUCGGGGCGAAUCCCUCGGCAGGAGUGCGAGUGGCGGCGACGAAGACGGCCACACCCUCUCCUGCAUCGGCAUGCUGCAGCGCAGCUUCGUCGUCGCGGAUCCAAUCGUCGCCGUGGCGUGCGGCGUGCAGCACUGCCUCUGCUUGAGCGAGCGCGGCGUCGUGCGUUCGUGGGGCGUGGGCAUCGAGGGCGCACUUGGCCACGGUAAGCACGGCGGCCCCUCUGAGCGUUCGCCAACAACCGUGGAGGGCCUCCUGUCGGUGCGUGUGGUGGCAGUCGCCGCGGGCUUCCACCAUAGCGUUGCGCUCUCGGCGUGUGGGAUCGUCUUCAGUUGGGGGAAGGCUGGCACGCUCGGCCUGGGCGAGACGGCGCACUUGCACAGCCCUCACCCCAUCAAGUUGCUGCUCAGAAUCGCGUCCGCCGACAACGCUCGCAUCUGCGCAGUCGCCGCCGGGGGGUCGCAUUCGCUCGCUCUCGGCCACACGGGCAGCGCAUACUCCUGGGGAAGCAACAACGAGGGCCAGCUCGGCCAAGGCCUCGACGCGUGGCGGCUCCGCAAAGACGAGGGCCAGUCACCGCUGCCCGAUCGCGUGGCGGCUCCGCCGCUCGGCUCUGCCGCAGACGACGCUGCCGCUCGCGUUCGAUUCCGGGCGAUCGCCUGCGGCGCGUCGCACAGCGUGGCGCUCUCCGCUGCGGGGGAGGCCUUCGCGUGGGGCUCGUCUGCGGACGGCCGUCUCGGCGUGCGGCUCACGCAGCAAGGCAAGCAGAAGGGCCACUGGCGUCGCCGCCGCGGCCGCGGCAUCGUGCUCGUGCCGCUGCGCGUGCAGGGUCCGCGUGACCUCGUGCACGUCUCGGCGGGGUGGGCGCAUACGCUCGCCUCGACACACGACGGGCGCGUCUACGGGUGGGGCGACGUCUCAGACCACAGCUUGCCCCACAGCCUAGGAGGCCAAGUUGUCCAAGACCACACGCAAGUCGACAGGCCAGCGCUAGCCGGUGGAGGUGAAGCGGAGGCGCCUCCGACGCUGUAUCCGCCGGAGCUCUGUGUUCGCGCUCGUGAGAGCUCGUGA